ACGAUGAUCCCGCCGGGGGAGUGUCUAUAUGCUGGGAGGAAGCGGAGAAAACCUGUUCAGAAACAGAGGCCCACCCUGGAGUCGGAGAAGUCCAACCCUUCCAAGCGACACCGGGACCGCCUCAAUGCCGAGCUGGACCACCUGGCCAGCCUCCUGCCAUUUCCACCCGACAUCAUCUCCAAACUGGACAAGCUUUCUGUCCUGCGCCUCAGCGUCAGCUACCUGAGGGUGAAGAGCUUCUUCCAAGCUGUGCAGGAGACGGGCUCACGGCGGCCGGUGGCCAGGGACCCCUCACCAGGAGACGUGCGCCCACCUGGAGCAUCUGAGGUGCUGGAGGGCAGGCUGCUGCUGGAGACUCUCAAUGGCUUCGCUCUCGUGGUGAGUGCUGAAGGAAUGAUAUUUUAUGCAUCAGCAACAAUUGUGGACUAUCUGGGCUUUCACCAGACAGACGUGAUGCACCAGAACGUGUAUGACUACAUUCACGUGGAUGACCGCCAGGACUUCUGUCGGCAGCUGCACUGGGCCAUGGACCCGGCCCCAGUGGUACCGGGACAGCCGCCGCUCCCGGAAACAGGAGAGGACGCUAUACUGAGGAGGCUGUUCCAGCCCGGGGGCGCCGGUCCUCCUGCUGAGUUUGCCGCCUUCCUGACCCGCUGCUUCGUGUGCCGUGUACGCUGUCUGCUCGACAGCACAUCCGGGUUCCUGACCAUGCAGUUUCAGGGAAAGUUGAAAUUCCUGUUUGGCCAGAAAAAGAAGGCGGCAUCGGGGACGGCCCUGCCCCCCAGGCUCUCGCUCUUCUGCGUGGCUGUACCAGUCCUUCUGCCCGCAGUGGCAGAGAUGAGGAUGAAGACGGCACUGGUUCGGGCCAAGCCCAGGGUGGAUGUUGUGGCCACCGCAGACACCAAGGCGAAAGCGACCACGAGUCAGUGUGAGUCUGGGCUGCACCGGAAGCCUAGUUACUUUGCAGGAAGGAGCAACGGCGACAAGGACACCUCAGUGUUCAGAGCACACACGGACACCGACCGCUGGGCCCGGGCUCCAUCUAGGGCCUCGUGCCUGUGUCUUGGUGGUGCCGACGUCACCCUGGAUCCUGAGGGGGCUGCAGGGGACAAAGAGACCCGAGGAAGGAUGCUGAGUGGCCCCUCGGGAGUAAGGGGACAGAGGGGAGUCCACACAUACAAUUGCCACUUUGAAGCCGCAGCAAAGAUGAGGCAUCUAGGCUGGCCAGCAGAGCGUUACAACCAGGGCAGCGGAGUGAAGCUGGAGCUGGAGCCCUGUCGGAGUGGCUCCUCUGUGCGGGCCGAACCCCGGGGCGCCUGUGUGCCCUACCCAGGCAUCCAGGGCACUUUCAAUGCAGGUGGGGUGGUUGCUUUCAGAAAUACACCGAGCACCCACCCACUGGACGGUCCCCCCAGCGCCCACUGUGACCGGACCAGCAGGUCUUGGCUGGAUUGUGACCAGGCCCUUGGGCCCCCACCCACUAGCUGCCACCUUCCCCAGGGCAGCAUGGAGAAUGGACUCCCUCACCCUGUGAUGCAGCAUUUUCCCUUGGGGGGCUAUCCCAGUGAGGACACCAAGUUGCAAGGUGCCCCCGUGCCCCCUGGAGCCUUGUGCAACUCCAUGUUGUCACUGGAUGUUCCCAUCAAAGUGGAAAGCGAUUCUGGUUCCGAGGAGGCAUCGGAUGGCUACGCGGUGCCUCCGGGCCAGGUAUGGCUGGGAGCCAGUGACCUGCCCAGGAGACACCCAGUCACUUUCCCUAACAGGAUGCUCCUGAAGGCUGAGCCGGACCUCCCGGGGCACCUGCACCCCUGCGCGGACUCCAAGCACCUUGCCUAUGCCCCGCACUUCGGGCCUAACUACAGGGCCACCGCCAGACCCGGACCCUUCUACCCGGCUAGUUGCGCCUGCUUGGAGCGCGGGCGCGGCCAUUCGGGCUUGGAGCUUCCCCGCCGCGCGCAGCAGGACCUCGCAAGCCCCCAGUGUACGCUGCGGCUCGAUGCCAGGGGGUCUGCGCCCGUCGUAAAGCGCGAGCCCCUGGACUCGCCGUCGUGGGCCACGCACAGCCAGGCUGGGGUGCCGGCGUUGCUCUCCAAAAGCGUCCUGGCGGCGCCGAUCCCUUCCAAAGCCCCGGAAUGCACUUUCCAGCCGUAG